AAAGUAGACUAGACGUUUCUCCCCACAGAGCAAUGGCGACCGGAAGCAGGGUGAAGGCUUAGCCCUACAGAGCAAUGGCUGGCCCAAGGAAACCAUAGAGACUGGAGUCCAGAGGAGGUGUCGCGUACCAUAGAGUGGCUCCGUGUCCGGCCCAGAGCGCCCCCCGGCCCGCUCAUUGACUCUCCCCCAAGAUGGCGCAGCAGGUGAACAUCACGGAGCUGACGCUGCCGCAGCUCGAGGUGCUGAAGAACCAGCUGGACCAGGAAGUGGAGUUCCUCUCCUCCUCCAUCGCCCAGCUCAAGGUGGUGCAGACCAAGUACGUGGAAGCCAAGGACUGUCUGAAUGUGCUCAGCAAAAGCAAUGAAGGGAAGGAGCUGCUAGUCCCGCUAACCAGCUCUAUGUACGUCCCCGGAAAGCUCUCCGACGUCGGCCACGUGCUGGUAGACGUGGGGACAGGCUACUACGUAGAAAAGACAGCAGACAAUGCCCGAGAUUUCUUCAAAAGGAAGAUCGACUUCCUGACCAAACAGAUGGAGAAAAUUCAGCCGGCACUGCAGGAAAAACAUGCCAUGAAACAAGCUGUGAUGGAAAUGAUGAGUCAGAAGAUCCAGCAGCUAACGGCCAUGGGGGCUUCACAGGCUGCAGCAACGAAGGCGUAGCCUUUGGCAUCGGGCCCCGCACGCCGCGGCGUGACUGAGGCAUUUUGUUCUGUUACGAGCAGCGUCUUAAAAUCACCGAGGAAACAGCUGGGGCCGAAACCCUUCCGGCCGUCGGGAAGCAUCUGCUCUUUGUGCUGGUGGCUGUUACGUGUGUGCAGUGUCUUAAAUGCAAACCUGUGGGAAGCUUGUCCCCUUUUGAAUGUGGCAGGUGAUACCAAUGUGUGAGAUAAAUUAAAACAGUGCUGAAUGGUA